AUGGCGGCUAAAUGCAUCUUUACGAAAACUGUAAGUAUUCAGCCUUUGAUAUGCAAUUAUAACAGGUUUUCUUUUUUACAAAUCUCUCUAGAUAAAUCGUUUUAUGUUAAAGGAUGUUUUUAAAGUGUGUUUGCAAAUUGUGUGCUAUCAACAAUUGUUAAAAUUUUCAGAGAUGAUGGCAUUUUCUUGGAGUCAUUGCAACAUCUGCCAGAAAGAUACAUCAGAAGAGCUAAGAUGCAUGUCCAUUAAGAUCACGUGGAGCAGAUAAGAGCGAUCCCAGAAGCGUGUAUAACUCGUUUCUACAAAAUGUUUCUGAGUUCCGUGAUUCACUGGAUGUAAUAUUGCCUGUUAGCCUUACGCUGCCGCUCGAGCUAAAUGUUGAUGCCUUGAUCGAAAAAGAAGCUGCGUGGCACAAGUCUUGACAUUUACAAUUCAGUAAAUCUAAACUAAAUAAAGCAAAGGAAAGAGCAGUUCGAAAAAGAAAGCAAGAUCAAGCAAAGAGAGAGCAGGAGAAACCAAGCAAAACCCGUAUACUGUCCUCUAGCAUAAAGAAGAGAGACUGCAAAGAGAAGAGAGACUGCAAAGAGAGCAAAGAGAACUGCAUAUUGUGUGACCAAACUUGUACUGGCUCGCUUCAUAAUGUCACUACUUUCGCUACUGAUGAAAACCUUCGUCGAAUGAUAACAGAACUACAAGACAACACGCUGUUACCUAAGAUUUCUGGGGUUGACCUUAUUGCAGCUGAAGCAACAUAUCACAUGAAGUACAUGACAAACCUGCGCAACCGCUAUAGAAGUCACUUAACAAGAGCACGACAAGAAUCAUGUAAAGAAGAUGAGAAAAUGAAGGAAUCUCAAGUCUUUAUCGAGUUAAACGCAUAUAUCGAGAGUUCUGUCGAGAAUGAGAAGUUAUUUUUUUUGCUUUCUGAGUUGAUUCACUUUAUGUAAGUCGGCUUCAAACCCUAGGCGUUCAAAAACAAGUGAAUAGAACUAGACUUAAAACCUCGAUACUGGAAAACUUCCCAGACGCUCAAGAGCAAAAUGAUGGAAAGAAUGUUGUUAUAAUUUUCAAGAAAGCCAUACAGGGCAUUGUGAAAGAGGUGGUACAGCAAAGAGACUUCUCAGAGGAAGCUGUGAUUCUAGCUAAGGCUUCAGCAAUUGUUCGAAAAGACAUUUUUAGUCAUGAAGGGUUUAAAUUUUCCGGAAGUUUUCCGCAAGACUGCCAAGCGAGAUCUGUAGCAGCUAGCCUUAAGUCAAUAAUGUCAAUGAUUUUAAGUGAGGUGAACAUUAAGAACACCGAGGCGCAAGAAUCUCAGCCAUGCUUAGCAGUGUGUCAAACCAUAAUUUUUAAUACAAAGGCCAAGGAACGCUCAACUGUUGAGUCAAAAACUGUCCAGUCACCGCAUACUAAAUCACGCGAACCACCUCUUCCAUUAUAUCUCGGAUUUAAUGUCCAUGCAAUGACCAGAAGUAAGACACUAAUUGCAAAGUUGUAA